AGUGGUAGAGUUGACCAAGUAAGGAAGGAAAGAAGGCUAAAAUUAGCCUCCCCUGUAGAUCUAUGCUCCAAAGCAUUUGCUGUGGUAUUUGUGAAGGAUACUAGCCACAGCAAGCUGCUUGGAUCAAUGUAACAAUUUGCGAUACAGAAGUAUAUUUAAGGCGACUUUCUUAUGUGUUACCUGACCAGUAGAGAAUCAAUACAGCGUUUUGACGCCAAACUCCUUGCUGUUGUUUCUUUAUGUCUGCGAUCAUCUGCAACAUUUAAGGAGCGGCGGGAAACAAAUAUGCCUGGUUGUGUCUGAAGCUAACUAGGAGAGAUUUCAUAGACAUGGAACUGGAUAUUACGUGGCCUGUGGAAAUGAGCCUGGUAGACAUCACCAAGAUAUUUUCCAUGCUCCAGCCCAGAGAUGAAGAAGAUGAGAAUGGGGAAAUAGGUCAGCUGAAUCAAGCAGUCUCGAAUGACGAUGACAAACUGUUAGCUGGACUUUUAUCCCAGGAGAGGUAUGCUAGAUUUAUCAAUAGCCGGAGUGGCUGGGGUGUCCCAGGGACCCCUCUACGUUUAGCAGCCAUGGGAGGCCAACUGAAAUGUCUGGAGGUCCUCCUGGCUCAUGGUGCCAAUGUGGACAGUUUGGAUGUGAAGGCACAAACCCCAUUGUUCACUGCUGUUAGUGGCAGGCAUCUAGACUGUGUCCAGGCAUUGCUCAGGGCUGGAGCUGAUCCUAACGGCAGUCGACACAACAACAGCUCACCGAUUCUGAUCGCUGCCAGAGAAGGAGAGGUGGAGAUAUUGAGGGAACUGUUGGAGCAUGGAGCAGAAGUCAAUGUCCGUUCCAAAGCACCUGACUGGGCCUCCAAUCCCUGUGCGUGCAGUGGUCCUCUCUACAUCUCUCUGGUAUAUGGACACUUUGACUGCUUUCGCCUUCUUCUUUUGCAUGGAGCUAACCCAGAUUUUAAUUGCACCGAGGAAAAACUGCUGUCACGAAUUAAGUCACGCAAGACUGCACUGGAGAUGUGUUUCAGAUAUGGUUGUGGGACAGAGUAUGUGCAGCUGCUCAUAGACUUUGGAGCAAAUGUUUAUUUACCCGAUCUCCCUGCAAACAAAAAUAUACACCAAAAUGAAGUAUUUAAACUUAUAAAUAGUACCAGAGCUCAACCGCGAUGUUUGAUGUCACUCGUUAGGAUAACCAUCCGCAAGCAUCUGAAGCAACAGAAUGGACUUCAUUCCAUUGACCAGCUGGAUAUCCCACCCGUCCUAAAAACCUAUGUAAAACAUCAACUCUGAGCUGGCACUCCAGCAUUGCUGAGUUAUGUAACAUGCCUUCUGUAGUGAUGAGAUACAUUGGGCCAAAUCCCAUCUUAGUCAUGCCCACUCUUGCAACAAUAAUGUGGUCAGAUCUCAUUUGCAAGGAAGUGAGACACAGUUAAUUCAUUUCACUUAGAAUGGUUUUGCAAUCAGCUGGAUUAUUAUAGAUAAUGAUGGUUUGUGUGUUAUAUUGCAAGGUUAAUUUUCUGCCUAUGUGCUCUCCGCACAGGGACCUAUGGGCAUAUUAGAUGUUUUUCAUCCUUUCCCACCAAAAUGUUUUUAAUUAUCUUGAAUGCAAAUUAUUAAAUUAUUGUAUAUCA